UUUCAGAUCCCCACAAUUAAAUUUAAAUUUAUAGGAUAAAAAAAUAAAUAAAUUUUUAAUAAUAACUCAGCCCAACUGGAUCUAUCUAUCUAAGCCCCGCCCAAUGUUUUUGGAGCCCACCCCCUCUGGCCUCUGCAAACCGCCAAACCCUUCGUUCUCCCCCUGCUCUUCUGCGAACCCUUCUCUCUCCCUCGCUCCGUCCGUCGCCGGUCGCUCGCUCGCUCUCGGCGCCUCGCUCCGUCGCUGGCUUGCCUCUCUUUCGCUCUCGCUUGCCCUCGCUGUUGCUCGCUGCGGCAGUGCGGCUAACACCCAUAUCUGCUUCAUCCGAGCCCGGAUCUGUACAACUGUUUUGAGAAGAAAGAUGCUAGAGAAUGAGGCAAACCCUGUUAUAAGCAAAACAACUCGUUUGCCGCGGAAACGUUUCUAUCGAGCACGGGCUCACAGCAAUCCGCUAAGUGACUCUCACUUUCCAGUGCCUAUCUCCCCUUGCCAUGUUGAGUAUUCCCAACAUUUCCCUGAACUAUUUUCAUCUGAUCAAGUUGGGCAUUCUAGGAAGAUCCAGUUUGCAGACAUUGGUUGCGGUUUUGGAGGACUUCUAAUUAAUCUUGCAACGUUGUUUCCUGAUACGCUAAUGAUUGGGAUGGAGCUGAGAGAUAAGGUGAUGGAGUAUGUCAAGGAACGGAUUUUGGCUUUGAGAGGGGUAAAUCCUGGUCAGUACCGUAAUAUAUCAGUGGUGCGAACUAAUUCCAUGAAAUACAUUCCCAAUUACUUUGAGAAAGGACAGCUUUCAAAAAUGUUUUUUCUGUUCCCCGAUCCUCAUUUUAAAGAGAAGAAUCAUCGCCGUAGGGUUAUCAGCCCACACUUGCUAGACGAAUAUGCUUACGUGCUUGGAGUUGGAGGGAUCAUAUACACAAUUACAGAUGUGGAAGAACUUGGGGACUGGAUGAAGACUUGUUUAGAGAGGCACCCUAUGUUUGAACCUCUUUCACACGAAGAACUUGAAGCUGAUCCUGUUGUCAAACUCUUGAGUACUGCCACUGAGGAAGGGCAGAAGGUUGCUCGGAAUGGAGGGCAAACUUUCCAAGCAGUUUAUAGACGGAUUGUUCCAGCUUCUUGAUCUGGAUGGACAUUAGUUAUAAUGGAAUAUCAUGCAUCAUGGUUUUUAGGUUUGACAGUCCUUUUCAGUUUUGUAGCUUCGGUUCUCAUGCAGAUACUCUGGUUGCUUGAAAUCUUAAGUUACUAUGAUAUUUUUUUCUCUGUUUUAUCAUGCUUUGUUAAUGCCAUUCCAAAUUAUUAUCAUCCUCAUCACCACCACCACUAUUUGAUCUAGUUUAAACUUUCCAUAUA